AGAAAUUGCAUUAAAAAAUAAUCGCAGUUCUGCAGAAGAGAUUCAAAGAAAAUUUGUUGGUGUCAGUGAUGUUGAAGUGUCAGUUAAAACAAUUCGCAAAAAUUUGCAUGAACUUGUGAUGUUUUAA